AUGAUAUCUUAUCAUCGUGCACAGGCGUGCACACUGCAGGGCCUGCUGCGAACGAUGCUCGAGCUGGCGGUGGGCGUGGGCGUGGGCGUGAGCAUGGCUGUACACGGCGCGAAACACUACUCUGCUCUCUCCUCUCCUCUCUUUGGGCGGCUCCGGGGGCCCGUCGCGGUGGGUGCCCGAUGGCCGACCCCAGUGCAGGUGGCGCAAGCUGGCUCGGGUGGUGAGCGAGCAUCCGCUGCCCCAAGUCUGUCCAAGUGGAGCCCGCAGUUACAGUGUGUAGUAGUGGUACCCAAGCAACAACGCCCGUUGGAAGCAGCCUGUCUGUCGCUUUUGCUCCUCUUCCUCCCCCACACUCCCCCUUCGCUCGCCCGCCGCACCGCCUUGCAUACCCGCCUCACACUGCGCCAGAAUUCCCGCCCGCAACAAAGGUGGCCGUCCACCGUCUCUACCUACCGUCCAGCGUCCAGCGUCUACCGUCCCCAAUCGCCGUGCCUGCCCGCGCCUGUUGCCCGCCGCGCCCGACUCUGCCCAUCCCUCGACCCCCAUCACGACGUCGCUGCCCACCAGCCCGCCGCCGCCCACGGGCGCAUCACAUCCUCUGCUGCCCCGCCUGCCGCCCCCAUGACGCGCAACGACGCUGCCGUCGAUCGCCAUGGCUCCGCCGAGAGCUCGUGGAGCUCGCGCUCGGCUGACACCGUACGGCCCUACGCACGCGGCGUGCAUCGCGGCACCCCCGUGACGGUCAAGACGACUAAGGACCCGAACCAGCCCCGUGCUUUUGUUUCGUCUGGUCUGCUCUGCGACAAGGCAGACGACCGCUGGGCAGCCUGCGCGCACUGUGCGUCCUCGAUGGCUCGUCCUGUCGUCUGCCCCUCGUUGGUCAGGUCGCAGAGCCUCGACAAUGCGCCCCACGCGUCUGUCGCUGCUGCUGGGUCGGCUGCCAAGUCGUGGCUGUUGUAUCUGUCUCUCGUCUGCCGUUUCGAGCUCUUGCUCGAGCACACCCCGUCACGGCCAACCGCCAAUGUCCUAGCCCAGCCUUUCAUCGAAAAGGAGUCAGAGAUCUCGCCUGGCACCCUUCCCCCCGCCCCUCCCCCAAAAGACACUUCCCAUCGUUUGCGAAAGCCUCCCCAUUGGGACCCGCCCCCACCGACCCAUACGCUUGGAGACCACCGGAAACAGCUGGCUGUGUUGGAACCCUCGGGGAUCAGAUUGCCGUCUAUAUCGCGCAAUCCACCCACAGCCUCGAGCAUCCCGCAGCAGACUGCGCCCUGGGCCGCUACGCCAAACGGACCCAACAUGUCGAACAACAGUGUGUGGAGCAGCUUCUUCAAUGACUCCAACGAGGACGUCGCGCAGCUUUCGCCAGGAUUUCAACGCCCUGGGACGGAUGGCAGGGAAGACAGCAUGGGCUUUCCACUCAAAGACGACCGACGCCCGUCCGUCGCAAGUGCUACUACUAUCAGCAGCACUGGCUCCAAAUCAAGCAUCAGCCGUAGUUUUCACAAGAGACUGAAGAAUGUGUUUGGCGAGGACUUUCCAGCUGAUGGCCGACAAAGCUCGGAAACCAGCUUGCCAUACACGGGGGAUACGCAGUCGCUGCGUGGGCAGAGGAAUCGCGGAAAUUCCUUGAACAACACCAUUGGCAGUGGCCACCACUCUCGCCCCGCUUCACCAACCAACUCGCGCCCACGCACCCCACAGCCCUCUUCAGAAGUCACGCCCUGGGACUUCCAGGAAUCCAAGGACGUGCCGACCCCCGGCGAGAAUGGAGGCAGACGCUCUUCUGAUGUGCAGAUUGGCAAGGCGAGCAACCGCGCGCACAAGCUACACGUAAGACUACCAGGCCAUAACCAUCGAUCAAAAGGCAGCAAAGAAGAGAAUAAAGUGUCUGAAGCCCAAGCCCUACCACAACCACAACCCCAGGCACAGGGACAGGCACAGGCACGUACAGACAUCAGCCAGCCGUACCCCCUGGGACGACCUGCCACCAGUCGCGAAGAGUCAGCCUACAGCAUCCGCCAGAACCAAAACCAGCAGUACCCCUCGGCGUUGAGCUCAGCUUUCGCUUCCAAGAUCAGUCUGCCUGGACGUCCAUCGAGCCCGACACCAAGCUCUCUCUCUGACAUAACGCGAGACAACCCAUCAGCACAAAGGUCCCCAAGUGUUGCCAAGUCAUCACACGGUCUGUUUGCGCGGUUGCGCGGGAAAGACAAGACCAAGGACAAGACAGAUCUAGUAGCGACACCAGAGUAUCUGAAGACACUAGUGAAUUCAAGUACUGCAUCUGCCGUCUCAUUGCCUCCCUCGAUCAGUUCGACACGAGUGCCGAGGCCAGAGCCCCCACCGAUGAGCAAACGACAGCCGACUAAUUUUGCCAUGGAGGACAAGGUUUCUGCCAACAACACCCGAAGAGCGCCACAUCAUCGCCUGCCAACCUUCAGGAAAACCCCGCGCAUGCCUACCGGUGAGGGCCCAACCGGCAAGGACCCUAAUGAGGCCGUCAUGAGUACCGCUGGCAAUGAUGCCGUCUUCUGGUUAGACCAAAAUCUGAAUGAUAUGGAGGGCAUUGUCAAUCCACAACAGCCACCUAUGACUCCCCCUGUGGGCGAGCUACAGAAACAGCCUACGCUCCCUGGAGAUGACAUUCCACCGCCUGGAGCUGACGAUGAUGGCACUGCAGCGUGGGAUGCCCCAGAUUCUUGGGCCGUGAAACGGAUGAAGGACGAGAUGGACCGCCUCGGCGAGCUGGACGAGUCUGGUGAACGGCUAAAGGAAGACAGUGAUACGAAGACGUACUGCCUGCGCAUUUUCCGCGUGGAUUCUACUUUUGCAACACUCUCGGCUACUCUGGCUACCACUGUCCAGGAGAUUAUACAGAUUUUGGGCAAGAAGACGGUGCUCCAGGAUGAGCUUGACAACUACCACAUUGUGUUACGAAAACAUGACACUUCAAGACAACUGGAAAGUAAUGAGCGACCUUUGCUUAUCCAAAAACGAUUGCUCGAGCAAGCCGGAUAUACCGACAAUGACCGGCUCGAGGAUGUCGGACGAGAAGACAACAGCUAUCUGUGCAGGUUCACCUUCCUCCCUGCCAAGAUGAGCGGUUACUCCAGUCUGGAGCGAGACCCUGGAUUUAGUAAGAUGCAAAAGUUUAGCCAUAUCGAUCUUCAGGGACGUAAUCUGAUUACGAUUCCCAUCACGCUGUACCAGAAAGCCACCGAGAUCAUAUCCCUCAACCUGUCGCGUAAUCUCUCCCUCGACGUACCCAAGGACUUCAUCCAGGCUUGUACCAAUCUCCGAGAAAUCAAAUACACCAGUAACGAUGCUCGCCGCUUACCGCCGAGUCUGAGCUUGGCCAGUAGGCUGACCAUGUUGGACAUUUCGAACAACCGUCUGCAGUCGCUCGACUCAGCCGAAUUGCACAAGCUGCAGAGUCUACAGGGGCUUCGAUUAUCCAACAAUGGCUUGACAAGGCUGCCCCCAUACUUUGGCCAAUACCGCGCACUUCGCAGUCUGAACCUGAGCUCUAACUCGUUGAACGAAUUCCCAGACUUCUUGUGCGAGGUGCGAACACUAGUUGAUCUCGACAUUAGCUUCAACUCGAUAUCCAGUCUACCCAAAAUCGGCCAGUUGACGUGCUUGGAGCGACUCUGGGCAACCAACAAUAAGCUGACGAGCAGCUUCCCGUCGACUUUGAGCAAUCUCGUCAACUUACGUGAGAUCGAUGUGCGAUUCAACGCGCUAGACAGCAUGGACGUCAUGUCUCAGCUACCAAGGCUGGAAUACCUCAUGAUUGGACACAACUCGAUUUCUGCAUUUGAGGGCUACUUCCCCAAGAUUCGGGUACUGCAUAUGAACCACAAUCCCGUCACUCGCUUCAGCCUCACACAACCCGUGCCAUCGUUGUCGGUACUAAACCUCGCUUCUGCGAAGCUGGCGCAACUUCCUGAAGACCUCUUCUCAAAAUUGACCGGUCUUACAAAGUUGAUACUCGACAAGAACCACUUCUCCUCGCUCUCAAACAACAUUGGUAUGCUGUUUAGACUAGAGCAUUUGAGUGUGGCCCGUAAUUCCCUCGACGUUUUGCCGGCUGAAAUUGGGAAGUUGGUAGAGCUCAAAUACCUGGACGUACGCGAGAACAAUCUCAGUGUACUCCCAUCAGAGCUGUGGUACGCGCGACGCUUAGAGACUUUGAACGUUUCGUCAAACAUACUCAACGCAUUUCCCAAACCUGGUACUUCACCGCCGCAGGUUCCGAAUGGUGAAGUAUCAAACUUGGAUGGCGCUACUCCGGCAUCAACACCAGGACUAGGGCCAAGCCCUAGCUUUGAAGAGCUCGGUAAAUUGGAGGACUUCCAAAAUCGCCGUCCUAGUCAGGCUUCUGGAGGACAGUUGGGAACCUCACCGGCUUCGUCACAGCGCAAGGCGUCAUUGGCUUCGUACAACUCUGCAAGCACUGUGCGCAAGCCAUCAUUGAAUUCCCGUGGGACCACUGAAGGAGUCUUGACACCCGGGACUAUCACGCCCAUGUCCCGUAAAGAUUCGACUCUCUCUAACAAAUUGGUCACAACGUUUGCGGGGUCCUUGCGACACGUGUUCUUGGCAGACAAUCGCCUUACAGAUGAUGUGUUUGACGAGCUGUGUCUGCUACCGGAGCUGCGGAUCGUAAAUCUGGCGUACAACCUCAUCUAUGAUGUCCCACCUCGCACCAUUCGCAGAUGGCAACAUUUGGCCGAACUAUAUCUGUCAGGCAAUGAUUUGACCUCUCUGCCAUCAGAGGACUUGGAAGAGGUCGGUUCGCUGAAGGUCCUCCACAUCAACAACAACAAGUUCCAGGUUCUGCCUGCCGAGCUGGGCAAAGUGGCGCAACUUGCCGUCUUGGAUGUUGCAAGUAACUCGCUAAAGUACAAUGUAUCAAAUUGGCCGUACGACUGGAAUUGGAACUGGAAUCACAAGUUGCGUUAUCUCAAUCUUUCGGGCAACAAGCGUCUCGAGAUCAAGCCCAGCGGCUCGUACAACGGUAGCGGCAUGAAUAUGCGAGAGGGCCGCGAUUUGACCGACUUUAGCUCUCUUACCAAUUUGAGAGUCUUGGGCUUGAUGGAUGUCACGAUGAUGGCACCCUCUGUACCAGAACAGUCGGAAGAUCGGAGAAUCCGUACAGCGGGCUCCGCCGUCGGUACCAUGGCAUAUGGCAUGGCGGAUUCGUUGGGCCGUAACGAGCACAUCUCGACCAUGGAUAUGGUUGUCCCACGAUUCCGCAGUCACGAUGACGAACAGUUGUUGGGGCUGUUUGAUGCCCAGCCGCUAGCCGGAGGAGGUUCAAAGAUUGCCAAGUAUCUUUAUGACCACUUCAAGAACCGGUUUGCAGAUGAGCUGGAGCGUUUGCGUCCGCAAGAGUCGCCAUCAGAUGCGCUAAGACGAGCUUUCUUGGGUCUGAAUAAAGAGCUGGCCACGGCGGCGUCACAGUCACUGGAUAAGAACGUGUACAAUGCGCCCGCACAGCCACGUACUGCUCUCCCUGAGCUUGGCGAUGACGAUCUUACCUCUGGCAGUGUGGCUACGGUGCUUUUUGUGAAGGAGAUGGAAUUGUACAUUGCAAACGUUGGUGAUGCGCAAGCGCUGCUCAUUCGAUCCGAGGGAGGCCAUAAGAUUUUGACCAAGAAGCACGACCCUGCCGAGCCUAGCGAAAGAGCUAGGAUACGUGAUGCGGGUGGCUUCGUUUCGCGGCAAGGAAAGCUCAACGACGUACUCGAGGUGUCGAGGGCGUUUGGAUACGUACAGAUGUCACCUUCUGUCAUCGCCUCGCCCCAUGUUCUCAAUCUCACCCUCGGCGACACAGAUGAGAUGGUAUUAGUGGCUUCUCGAGAGCUCUGGGAAUACCUGACGCCAGACUUUGCAGUUGAUGUUGCGAGAUCAGAACGCAAUGACCUUAUGCGUGCUGCUCAGAAACUGCGAGAUCUCGCAAUUGCAUUUGGUGCCACUAACAAGAUCAUGGUCAUGUUGCUGGGUGUGAGUGAUCUCAAGAGUAAACAGCGCGCACGAUAUCGCACGCAAAGUAUGUCAUUGGUUCCUGCCCCAGGCGGUGAGAUUGACUGGGGUGCCCAACGCAGGCCGGGCAAGAAGAGGAAUUUGGUCGGCGACUCGAAACUUGCGCGACUGGACAAUGAGGUCGAUGCGCCGACCGGUGAGGUCAGUUUGGUGUUUACGGAUAUCAAGAACUCGACUCUGCUAUGGGAGACAUAUCCAAUUGCCAUGCGAUCUGCCAUCAAAAUGCACAAUGAGCUCAUGCGCCGACAACUACGGAUUAUUGGUGGAUACGAAGUCAAGACUGAAGGUGAUGCCUUUAUGGUUGCCUUCCGCACCGUCACCUCUGCGCUUCUAUGGUGCUUCACCAUCCAAUCACAGCUUCUUGAGGUUCAAUGGCCGCAAGAGAUACUUAACAGCGUCAAUGGUCAGGAAGUCGUCGACCCAGAUGGUAAUGUCAUCUUCCGCGGUCUCUCCGUGCGCAUGGGUAUCCACUGGGGUACUCCCGUGUGCGAAGUCGACCCAGUCACAAAGCGUAUGGACUAUUUUGGUCCCAUGGUCAACCGCGCCUCACGUAUUUCCUCGGUCGCCGACGGCGGUCAAAUCACAGUUUCUUCCGACUUCAUUGCCGAAAUCCAGCGCUUGCUCGAGACGCACAUUGAGGGCGACCGCAGUAACAGUACGGGGAGCGAGGAGGCCUACGGAGACGACAUCAUGUCUCUGCUUAUUCGGCAGGAACUGCGCUCUCUCAGUUCCCAAGGGUUCGAAGUCAAAGAUCUGGGUGAACGACGUCUCAAAGGGUUGGAGAACCCAGAAUACAUCUACCUCAUGUAUCCGCACUCGUUGGCAUCCCGUCUCGCCGUGCAAAGACAGACGGAACAACAGAAGCCUCCGGCGCCAGCUGUCGAGGGCACUGCGGCCCAGAAGAUGGCGGGCAGUCAGUUGACGAUUGAUACGGAGGAUGUGUGGGAUUUGUGGAACAUUAGUCUGAGACUCGAGAUGCUGUGUAGCUCGCUGGAGAGCCCAGGCUCGACGGAACUCAAGCCCCCCGAGACGGCGCUGUUGGAAAGGAUGAAGAGCAGGGGAGGCGAAAUCACGGAUCGAUUCUUGGUCAACUUUGUCGAACACCAGAUUUCAAGGAUCGAGACGUGCGCAACCACACUUGCCCUCCGCCAUCGUGUCCGCCCCUUUGGCUCCGCGCCUCUGCUCGAACAAGCCUGUGCCAUGGGCGACAUCUUUGCCGAACUCGAGGCCAAGCUCAAACGAUUGGAGCAGUACGAGGCAGAGGCCAUGUCGGAUAUGGCGCCUUCUUGA